ACAUGUAGAGUUGAAUUUCCUUUCCCUUUUUGCUCUGAAUCAACCCUAUUGUUUCUUUCUCCUCCAUAAUCCAUACGUUGUCACCGAACGAAAACCCAGAGCGAUGUCCAAGUUCGAGUACCCCAGGCUUUCGCGCCCCGAGAUCACUGCUAUUUUGGCGCAAUUUCAGAUUGCAAAUGUGUCCGAACAUCAACUCAUGACCCCGAACAUGGACUUUGUUUGGGACCUCUACUUCCGGAUCCUCAAUCACCUCGACUCUCUUCCCGAGGAAGACCAUGUUGAGUUUGCUGCUCUAGAGCAUCUUGAGAACCCAGACUUCCAUGUUGACUCUGUUCGGGUAAUGAAGAUGUACAGCAGAAUAAAGGAAGUAGUGGCCUCGUUGGAUUGCCCGAGGAACUUUACCCUCAAAGAUCUUUUAACACCCGAGGCUGAUAGAACAGAGUUUUUCCUGGGCGCACUUCUAAAUUUCUGUCUGCAUAGAGAAACGAGAUUGAAUUCGAUUACAGACAUAGUGGAUGAAGUCAACCUUCUUGAGGAACAGCAGAGAGAUCAGGAAACAAAGAUCUUGCAGUUGAAGUCAGAAAUUGAUGGCUACAAUGAAGCCAGGGAAAGGGAGGCAACUCUUGUUCAAGAGGUGGAUGCAAAAGUUAAAGAACUGCGUCAAACCAUUGCUGCCCUUAACACCAACCAGAUGUCACUUAGAGCUACUUUUCGGAAGUUGAAGGAGAAGACAGGGGAAAUGGAUGGGAAGAUCUCUUCUGCUGAGUUUACCCUUGUACAAAGUGUUCAAGAAAAUGCAAACCUACGAUCAAAAGUUGUUCAGUCCCCUGAUAAAUUGCAGAGAGCAUUGGAGGAACAAAAACUAGCUCGAGAAGAAGCUAAGAAUGCGGAAAGAUCAGCCAUGCAAACUUUCCAUGAGAAGAAUGCCCUUGUUGACCUUUAUUCAAAGGUUGAGAAGAAAAUGUCAAAGCACUUUGCUCAGAUGCAAGCCAUACAAGAUCAGGUAAAUUCUGCAAAAGAAAUUGAGAAAAGUCUAAAAGCUUUGAAAGCAAAACUCAGUGAUGAAGAAGUGCUGGAAAAGUCACUUGAUGUCAAACUGGUUGAAAGAAAAGGAAAGCUUGAGCAGCUGGGAGAAUUGAUGAAACAGUUAGAGAAAGAAAGGGAUAUGAAGUCUGAGGAAGCAUCUACAUACCUAAAUGGUGUGAAAAUGGAGGCUGAAUCAAAGAGGCAUGAUCUGGAAGAAAGACAGAAGAAUGUCGAAGCUGUGUUAGCGGAGGUGGAUGCCACAAAUAUUACAAUCAAAUCAGUCAAAGAAUCUGGAUCAGCUAAACUGGAAAUGUUAGCUAGCACACAUGAAGAGUUAACCAAAGAGUUUCAACAGUAUAAGGACUUGCUUGCCCAUGUGAUCGAAUCGGGUUCAAAAGCUGAUUGAAGCAGCAGAUCAGGUUUUGAUGUGUGGUCCCACAAGACGAGCUUUUUAAUAUGGCUCCAGGGCGUUUCUUCCUUUGAGGUGCUGCCUGCUGCAGAUCUUCAACUUCAAGGGCCAAAGCCUACGACUUCGAUGCAUUUUCUCGUUGUAUUAUUAUUAUUAUCAUUAUUUCUAUCAUCAUCAUCAUCAUCAUUGAUCAGCUCGCAUUUGGACCUUAAAUAUGCUUGCUUGUAAAUUUUAACGGAUUCAAAUUUUAAGUUGUGUGUGUGUAU